AUGGCAUCCCUUCUUCCAUAUAACUCACCUGAUCCCAGUGAUUAUGAAGCUAAACCUAACUCAUCAACGGUUGAAGCCACUACACUGGAGAUAGAAGAAGCAUGCAGUGGUCCAAAACCAAAAGGGAUCAAAAGAGGAGAAACUUUAGGUUGGAAUAACGAGAGAGAAGAGGUGGGUAUGUGCUUGACAUGGAAGGAUGUAUGGGUGACUGCUUCUGUGGGAAAGAGUGGAAGCAAAUCGAUUCUGCAGGGCCUGACUGGUUAUGCCAAGCCAGGGCAGCUCUUGGCCAUAAUGGGUCCUUCUGGUUGUGGAAAGUCCACACUUCUUGAUGCCUUAGCUGGGAGAUUAGGUUCCAACACAAGUCAAACAGGGGAGAUUCUUAUCAACGGGAAGAAACAAGCACUGGCAUAUGGAACCUCAGCAUAUGUCACACAGGAUGAUACCUUAUUGACAACCUUAACGGUUGGAGAAGCAGUGCACUAUUCAGCUCAGCUCCAAUUACCUGACGCCAUGUCCAAAGAAGAGAAGAAAGAGAGAGCAAACUUUACAAUCAGAGAAAUGGGUCUUCAAGAUGCCAUUAACACAAGAAUUGGAGGAUGGGGUGUCAAAGGAAUAAGUGGGGGUCAGAAAAGGAGAGUGAGCAUUUGCAUUGAGAUUCUAACACGACCAGGGCUUCUCUUCCUUGAUGAACCAACUAGUGGACUUGACAGUGCAGCUUCAUAUUAUGUCAUGAAAAGAAUCGCUACCCUUGAUAAAAGAGAUGACAUUCACAGAACUGUUAUUGUCUCAAUCCAUCAACCUAGUACUGAAGUUUUUCAAAUUUUCCACAACCUUUGUCUUCUAUCUUCAGGUAGAACUGUUUACUUUGGACCUGCUUCUGCUGCAAGUGAGUUUUUCGCUUCAAAUGGUUUUCCUUGUCCUUCUCUCAUGAAUCCAUCAGAUCAUUUACUGAAAACCAUAAACAAGGAUUUCGAUCAGGACAUUGAGUUGACUUUAGGAGGGAAUGCAACAAUAAUACCCACCAAAGAAGUGAUUCGGAUCCUAGUAAAUUCGUACAAUUCAUCUGAAAUGAACCAAGAAGUUCAGAAGGAAGUAGCAGAACUAACUGAAAAGGACACCGGUUCCACAAACAAGAAGAGAAGGCAUGCUGGAUUCCUUAAUCAGUGUUUUGCUCUUACCAAAAGAUCCUCCAUUAACAUGUUUCGUGAUCUAGGCUAUUAUUGGUUACGCCUUGCCAUAUAUGUUGCAUUGGCUAUAAGUCUAGCCACUAUUUUCUAUGAUCUGGGUACAAGUCAGCGCUCAAUUCAGGAUAGAGGUUCAUUUCUUAUGUUUGUAUCUUCAUUCAUCACUUUCAUGACCAUUGGCGGAUUUCCUUCCUUUGUGGAGGAUAUGAAGGUGUUUGAACUUGAGAGACUAAAUGGACAUUACAGUGUCACUGCAUUUGUGAUUGGGCACAGCUUUUCAUCUAUACCAUUCUUGUUCUUGGUUUCAAUCAUUCCUGGAUCUAUAGCCUAUUACCUUCCUGGUCUGCAGAAAGACUUUGAGCACUUUGCAUACUUCAUAUGUGUUCUCUUUUCUUGUCUGAUGUUGGUAGAGAGCCUUAUGAUGAUUGUUGCAAGCAUUGUCCCUAACUUUCUAAUGGGCAUCAUAACCGGUGCUGGAAUUCAAGGAAUGAUGAUUUUGGGUGGUGGGUUCUUCCGAUUACCAAACGAUCUUCCUAGGCCAUUUUGGAAAUACCCAAUGUUCUAUGUUGCCUUCCAUAGAUAUGCCUACCAAGGAUUGUUCAAAAACGAGUUUGAAGGACUAAGAUUCGCUGCAAAUAAUGUUGAAGAUGGCUCCUACGUUACUGGUGAAGAGAUUCUAAACAAUACAUGGCAAGUAAACAUGAGUUACUCAAAGUGGGUUGAUCUUGGAAUCUUGCUGGGGAUGAUUAUUCUGUAUCGAAUUCUCUUUCUGGUUAACAUCAAAACUACUGAGAAGCUGAAGCCAAUCAUUGUAUCAUUCAUCUCAUCAAGGAAUUCUCCCAAGCGAACAGUACAGAUCAUGCAGAAUCCCAAUGCCACUCCUUUGCAAGAAGUUCAAGCUGUCUAA